AUGGAGAACUGGGGUGAUAUUCAUCACUGAUUUAAGAAACUAUAACAUUUUUCAGGUCUGAUAACAGCCCGACAAGCUGAAUCUCUAUACAAUCCACUGUUGUUUCCACUGACCCACAAAAAUCACGUCCAAGAAGUUAUUGCCCAUGAAGUUGCUCAUCAGGUUGGACGAGAAAAAAAAAAACGGAUAAAGUCGGUUUCUUCCAAGACCUUUUUUGUGAAUUUCUGUUUAAAAAAAAAGGUCAAAAAAAUUGCAGAACAAACUGACUUAAAAAUGGAAUGAAGUUCAUCUUUCUUGGAGCGGGGGAGGGGGUAAGGGAAGGUUGUUCUGAAAAAAAAGGAAAAAAACAAUUUUUUUCGAUUUUUUUAGUUUUUAUUUUUACUGCUAAAGGUCUUCAAAAAGCCCCUCAGAUUCUGCUUGUUCUUUGAAAAAAAUCGAAUUUUAGUGGUUCGGCAACCUUGUGACGAUGAAAUGGUGGAAUAACUUGUGGCUGAAUGAGGGUUUCGCGACGAUGAUCAGCUUGAGGGCCGUGGAUUUCCUGGAGAAUACUACUUUGAGAUAUGUGAGUUCUCUCAAAAAAGGUAGAAGUUAGAUCUUAAAAAUUCCAACUAUCUAGAGACCUGAAGGUUUUAAUCAAUUUUUUCCUUGCCAUAUUUGUACUGAGAUUGCGGUCAUUUUCAAAGAUUUAUAAUAAAUUUCAAAAUGAGUUCUUUCUUUUCAUAAGCUUUUCUCGACUCUUGAAACUUUUUUGUUCCAAAAAGUUGAGGUCUCGGUUUUGUUCUGUUGUUUUAACCAAGGAAAAAAGCAAAUUUUCAUUGGUGAUGCGUAUUUGAAAAAAGGGUAAAAAAUAAAGUUACUUGUAGUCUGUGCGCCACGACUUGAAAUUUGACGGAACAACAUUCCGCUGUUCCGCUCCGGUGGGUUCGCGAAGCGUCUUUCGAAUCUAAGUCACGCUUUGAAUUGAUUGUUAUUGCUGUGGGAGCACAUGAAAGUAGAAAACCUUAAUAAAAGAAACAAAAAUUAGAAGCGCGAUCAAGGUUCGCAAAGGCGCGCAGCGGCACAGCGGAAUGUCGUUCUGUGAAAUUCCAAGUCGUGGUACACCCAUCAUUUAAUAUUUUUUCUUUUGAAAAAGGGAAAACUACCACUUCAUUAUCGUUGGCUUCAAAAUAAAAUAUCUUUGAUGACGUCUUCUUGUGAUUUCCAUCAGUUAAUUUCAUCAACUGUUGUGAGUGUUGAUUUAAUUUUCCUCAGCCCGAAAUGACGGCUGAGUACAUGUGUAUCGUGCUGCGGACGGACCAAACCGACAGCCAGACUUUCCCGGUCAGCAGCAAGGGCGACGAGGAAGUCUUCUCGAGCAACCAGAGACCCAGAUUGAUCACUUAUAGGAAGGUAUACCAUUUUUCAUUUUUUCUUCAAAUUUAUUUGAUAGUAGGUUUAAAAAAAUCCACAGGAUUCCGCUUUCUUUCUUAAUGAACCUUGCUUACUGAAAUUCCUAUAUAAAGGUGAAAAUUAAGAAUUUUCUGCUAUUCGUUUCUUUGGUAGAUGUUUGGAAGCUUUCCAGCAAGUUGCGAAGUGCUUUCCACAUAGCUUCCCAAAACCUUUUUUUGAAAAAAAAAGCCUUCCGGAAGCCUUCUAGAAACAUUACAGCAGGCUUAUGGAAGGCUUCUGGCAGACAUAUUCCAUUUUUACCUUCCGAAGGCCAUCUAGCUUCCAUUCACAUACAAUAUCCUAUAGAUUACCUUUCUAACUUCCAAACCUGAGUUUUUAUAAAAAAAACUGUUUAUUGCAUCUUCAAUGUAAGAAUGCAUGUGCAAUCGAUUUUCAUUGAUUUUAACUGUGUUUAAACGGCGGCAGGAGCUGUGGCUUAGGCAGAGAAGUUGAGAAUUUCGCUAGUAGAACAUCAGGUGCAAGAGAGGUCGUAGGAAGAGUUACGGUGCCGGCUUUCUAAAGGCCGAUGGCAGAGAUUGAGCUUUUGCGCUGCAUGCAGCUCCCAUUUUAUCUACCACAGAGGGAUGAAAGGCUUGGUCGACCUUGGGGUGACUCGAACCUACGACCUUGCGGACGUUAGAAAUGAGUUAUGCCAGCUGAGCUAUGCCGAACUUGAGUAGCAAUCCUAUUUUAGAUCAGAAGUUGUUCUGUUCAACGUUCAAAACCAAACUUAAAUUAGAUUAUAUUUUUCUUCUUGAUGAUGCCAAAGCUGGUUUUUACAUCUAUUUUGUCAAAAAAAAAUCUCAAAAACAAAAAAUCUCAAAAAUUGAAGGCAGCCAUCGUGAUCCGAAUGGUGGAGAGACUAGUCGAAGAGGACAUUUUCCGAAAAGGACUCCAUCAUUUUCUCAACAAAUUCAUGUACAAAAACGCCGACCAGGACGACCUCUACUCGAUUUUGACCUAGUCAGUUGGUUAAUAUUCGAGAAAAUGAAGGAAUUCUGAGAUUUCCGGAGUUUUAGUGUGCAUGACUCGUCUUCUGGCGGACAUUUGACGGGCCAGAACUUCUCGUUGGCCGACGUGAUGGACACCUGGCUGGGACAGGAAUCUGUCCCGGUGGUUCACGUCUCCCGGAAGGAAGGAAGUAUCGUCACGUUGAGGCAGCAGAGAUACAAGGUAAGAAAAUUGAGAACGAAGAGAGUAGCGCAGUGGGUUGGGGUCGGAAAUGUACUGCGAAGGGUUGAGGGUUCGGUUCCGGCUGAAGUUUCAAAAAGAAAUCAGAAAAAAAAGAAUGGCGCAGUGCCUUGUAGCCUCGUUGUCAUCUGAAGGGUUGAGAGUUCGAUCCCUGCUGCCAUAAAAAAAAAAUAGAUGUCUCCUUACCGUCUACAGUAAGAAUUUCCGGUACAAUGGGUCAAGUUAUUCAAUUGUUGGUUUGAAAAAAUGGUCUGAAAAGAAAACCUUCAGCACAUUCCAUCAACUCCGCCAUCGAAACGAGACAAUUACAUCUGGAAGAUUCCAAUAUUCUACGACGAUCCUGUUUCUGGAAAACACAGGGUUUUCUGGCUGACCGACCAUAAACCUGGUAAUUCAAUUCAAUUCAAUUUAUUCAGUCUUCAGAGUAUGAUGUAGAAAAUCUCUGCUUAAUCAUGAUAUAAUCGAAGAGUUAGUCUUCGGCCUGCUAACUUUCUUUCAAUGUUAGAGUUCAAAAAUCAAAUUUUUAGUGUCAAAAUCAAUAUUUUCAAGUUUAUUUAUGAAUUUCGAAUUGAAAUUUAACUAUUUUUAGCCGUCUUCGACAUGGGACUCCAAGUUGUGGUGGACCCAUAUCAACUCACUUAUAUGAGGAUUCGCUACGACGACGGAAUGUACUACGAUAUCACGAAAAGACUCAUCGAAGACCACAAUUCGAUACCGGCCAACUCGAGGUUUUAGAUUAUCCAUAGGCGAAUUGAGAAAGGGUAUCGCGAGACCCUCUGAGGUAUAUCGCUGGCUCUGAAGUCUCACGAUGGUACCUCGAGUAUACCUCUGAGGACUGGGAUUAACCUAAAAAAAUUGUAUACGGAGUAAAAGAAGUAGUAAUUUUUAUUUUCAUUGAAUGUUCUGAUUCUGUAAUUCUUCGAAAUUUUUUUUUUUUUUUCGCUCAAAAAUUCGCGAUCGGUGUAUGCACAAUUUGAACCUACAGUGUGCCAAACCGGAUGGGCUGAACAAAUGUGUUUAGGAUCUUUUUUUUUUUGAGAGCUAAUUUUGGUCUGCUUCAAAGCUCUUGGCCAUAGAUCUGUCUGUGAGCGGAAUAAACAUUUCUCAAAAUAUUAUUUCAGAGGAAGAUUGAUCGAUGACACGUUGGCGAUGGCCGAACAUGGACAAGUCAGCUACGAAGUUCCAUUCAAUGUCACUAUGUACCUUCCUUAUGAGGUGAAGCUUCUUUUUUCAAAUUUAUCCUUUUUAAACUGAAAAAGAUGUCGUUUUCGAAUUUACAAGCCUUUUAAAAAAAUUUUUUUUUGAUAAAUAAGAGUUUUUUUAAAGAGUCGCAAGGUAUUUUUUUCCAAUUUAAUUCUCAAAUUAUUUUUUCUUUCAAAGUCAUCUAUUUUUUCAUCUUUCAGACAUCCUUUCGCCCUUUCCAUGUCUUCAGCGCCUAUCUGGACUUUUUCCUCCCACGUUUAUAUUUGGAGCCAGAUUACGAGAAAUAUCGGGUUUCAUAUAAAGAUGAAGUCAAAUAAUUGAAGGAAUUUUUUUCAGGAAUGGCUUUUGAUGAUUUUGGCGACGCAAUUUGAUCGAAUGUAUGCAGAGGGCUUCGAAAGUUAUGCUCAACUUGGCAGCAACGAGAAGUUUGUCUUUUUCUUUCAUUGAAAAAAAAGAUUGGGUUGGAAAGAAGUGUCAAAAGCCUAAUUAAAGUUGCUUAGAAUUUCUUGAAAAUGGAAUAUACAUAUACUGGCAAAAUUUUUAGUGGUCCCUAUAGGAUUUUGACGUUUUAGUGGCCACUAUAGUAGUCAAAUUAGUAGCCACUUAAGGGGUUGAAAAUUAGUGGCCACUAUAGAGGUCUAAUUGCUACUACUAAACCACUUAAAACUUUAGUGGCCACUUCAGGGGUCAAUGGAUCAACAUGACUGGUCCAAUCUGUUUGUUUUUAAAUUAUCAGGGUUAUUGGAAGGAAUACUGGAUGAAAAACUAUUGAAGUGGCCACUAAAUAGAAAACCUCUAUAGUGGCCACUAAAACGGAUAAUAGUGGCCACUAUAGAGGUGAGUUUAGUGGCCACUUUAGUGUCCUUUCCAAGUAGUCCUUUUUGGCGAGCCUCUAUAGUGGCCACUAAACAUUUUCCUAGUAUAGCUUCAAAAAUUCCAAGCUUGCAUUCACGUUUUCAUUAGAAAAUUUUGAUCACGUGAUAGUUCUGUUCAUAUUUCUUUGAAUAGUCCGGAAACCUGCGAAAUUUUCAUGCAGACCGUGAAAAGCGCAAAAAAAGGAAAAUUUAAAAAUUGGAAGUCCACCUUGAACUUCUUUUUGAAGAGCUGAAAUCCAAAGAAAUUGAAGAAAAUAAGUGUUUGAUCAAACAAGUAAAUCUUCAAUAUUGUGUUAUUUUAGCCGCCUCCGAGAGUUGAUCGUCUUCCGCGCCUGUGGAAUCGACUACAAGCCUUGCGUCGAGUUCGCGAAAAAGUCUUUUGCCGAACUUCGCCAGAAUUGCUCGAAAACCUUCUUGUCCAGUGUGGAGUGCAACAGGUAAUCAGAAAUUGGAAACUUGAAAAUGUCUAGAAAAAUUUCCGGUACAUUCCAGAUACGAGAAAUCAGUGAUAAGAAGGCAAUUUUCGGCGAAUAACUGAUAAGAAAAUUUAUAAAAUUGAUGAAAUAUUCUCUCCUUUUCUUUCAUUUAGGUCCAAUCCUUCUAUCAAAUUGCUUUUUUUAAUAAAUAAGUGAGAUUCUAAAAGCUAUAAAAAGCUAUAGUCUGUGUACCACGACUUGGAAUUUCACCAAACGACAUUCCGCUGUUCCGCCGGGCGCCUUUGCGAAUCUCGGUCGCGGUUUCAAUUUUUUUUUUCAUUCAAAUUCUCUCAGUGGAACAAUCCAUCUAUCAGCAAAAAAACUAGUCUGGAAGGGUGACCUAGAUCCGCAAAGGCAAAGACGCUUCGCGACCGUACGCAGCGGAACGUCGUUCGGGGAAAUUUCAAGUCCUGGCACACAGACUAUAUAACUCAUGCCAUAUUCAACUUAUUCAUGUCCAGAAUUCCCUUCUACAUCCGCUCGCAAGUGUACUCCACGGCGAUCCAACAUGGAACCCAGGAAGAUUUCGAUUUUCUGCACCAAAAAUGGCUCGACGAACAUUAUAUGAUGGAAAGAGACCGUAUUUGGUCCGGCUUGUCCGCUUCCAAACGCAAAAAUGACGUUUAUAGGUGAGGAAAAUCUGAUUUCGAGACAUUUUCCAGCCUUUUUUGUAGAAUAUGGACGGAUUUGCUGCAGAACAAGGCCAGGGACAGCAUCAAAGAACGGGCGGUCGCCUUCUCGAAGUUAAAUAUUUUUGUAAUCAAGUGAAAAUAUUCAAAUUUUAGACAUUUACGACAUGAGAACCAUCUGUUGACCUUUAUGAACGACCGGUAUAAAUAUGUCGCAAAUCAGUUAGUUUUUUUCAAAAAAAUUAUUUAAUAAAAAAAUUAAUUUUAGGCUUCGAUACUCGGCUGAUAGUUUUCAAACCAUGUUUGCGGCGGCUUUGCGAGGAAUUCAUCACGUCUCUCAGGCUGAUUUGGUUGGUUUUAAAGUGUUUUGACGUUUUGAUGGCCACAAGAGGUUAAAAGUUAGUGGCCACUAUAGAGGUCUAAGUGAUACUACUAGAGUACUAAAAAUUUUAGUGGCCACUUUAGGGGUCAAUGGAUCAACAGAACUGGUGCAAUCUGUUUGUUUUGAAAUUAUAAGAGUUACUGGAGGGAAUACGGAAUGAAAGGGAUACUGGAUGGAAAACUACUGAAGUGGCCCCUAAAACGGAUAAUAGUUGCCACUAUAUAGGUGGGUUUAGUGACCAUUUUAGUGUCCUCUUCAAGUAGUCUUUGGCGAGCCUCUAUAAUGAUCACUAAAAAUUUUCCCAGUUUGGAAAAAAAAACCGGCUUUUUACUUGGACGUUCUUAUGAGUGCUGCUGCCACUAAAGUGGUCACUGGAACUGCCCAGAAAAAUCCGGAGCACGUCCGCUUCGCGUUACCAAUGUCCGAAUACGAAUAUUGAGUGCAAAAAAGUUCAGAACGGCAAAAAAAUUUAGACACGGAGAGGAUUUGAACCUGUGACCUUUUGCUUAGAUGCCAGACGUCUUAUCCAUUUGGUUUUAGUCAAGUUGUUCAUCAGGAGUCUCUGAAGUAGCGUAUGCUUUGAAAUUACGCCUUUUCAUUGAAUUUUCCGCGAAAUCUUCGGCAAAGUUGAUAACAAAAUACAGUUUCUUCAGAAAAUAUGUCAAAAAAUGCGUUUCGGAGCAAAUCUUUCAGAACUCAAUCUUUAUAAAAUUCCUGGAGUUGUGAUGACUGAACUUUGAUAAAAAUUUGAGCUCUUAAAAAAAAAAAAGGAAGUUGAGGACAAAAGUCUUUAACUGUCUAGCCAAGCUCCAACUUUGCAGGCUCGGACCGUGAUGGAGAAGUACGCGGAAACGUUCAAAAUCCACUCGGGUGUUCUCGGCAGCAUAAUGGGCCGAUUCGCAUGGCGACGUGACAUGGGCCCCCACGUCAUCGGCAACGCGACGAAAGCUCUGAAGCAGAUGCGGAAAAUACACGCCGGCCGCCCUUUUCUCUGA